AUGAAACGAGUAAAGUGCUGCACUGCUUGUCGCCGCCGACACAGAAAGUGCGUCACCCAGCCUGGAGCAUCGCAAUGCGGCACUUGUCUAGAGUCAGGGCAGGAAUGUCGGUUUGAGAAUGACAUUCGGUUCAAACACACUCACGCAGAGGGCCAGAAGGAAUCAGGGCGCAAGUGGGCGAAGGUUCCUCAAAAGAUUUCUUUCACGACACCCCGUGGAAUUGAUGGCAAGGUGCCUGAGGAAUCGGACGUGAGACCGGAAGCAAAUGAGUCGGCAACGCAGCCGAUAUCAGAAGGAAUGAUGGAGAUAUCGAUAGACGACCUUAAGCACACUCAAUCAGAAGCUGGGCCUUUGGAUCCGGCGUCAAACUAUUGGGAAUCGCCACUAAACUUCAUCACCGACUCUCCCGUGGACCGAAACAUGAUUCCAGCAUACCAAUCGGAUCACCCGGACAGUUCAUCACUCCCACGAGCAUCUAUCCCAUACAUUCUCGACUCCGAAACGUCUCCUCACCAUAUACCCGCCCAAGGACUAGCCACUCAAGGUCACAAUCAAGAUCCCUUUGAGUUGACGGAACGAGAAGCCUUUCUUUUCAUGACCUACAUCCACAAACUCGCACCACUUUCCGACGCUUGUGAUGAUGCCCGCCAUUUCGCACUCGAAGUCCCCCGUCUAGCACUCCAUCAACCGAUGAUAAUGAACGGCCUCCUCGCACUCGCAAGCCGCUACGACUCUCGCUGCACCAACAGCUCCGACGACAUCGAGAGCACAUUCUAUCACAAUAAAUGUAUAAAGCUCCUCAUCGAAGCUUUCGCUCAACCGCCUGAAACGUGGGACUCGACGCUUCUCACAGCUGUGGUGAUCGCGCGCUUGUACGAAGAGAACGAUAAUGAGACUGACUCUUACUAUCACCAUCUCAGUGGAACGCAGAAUCUGUUGAAUCAUGAGGUCAUUGCUCGGUUUGUCAUGCAAGGUGGCUUGGCAGAGGCAGCGAGCUGGGUUCAUCUUCGACAAGCUAUCUACGUCUACGUUGUUCGCAGGGAACCUCUUGAGAUAUGUCUUGAGAACUUUGAGAGGUCAACGGUGUUUCGGAGAUCUGAUGACUCCGCGUAUGCGAACAGGGCAGUUUAUAACUUUGCCAAACUCAUGAGGCUAUUUCUUCCAAUGGAAAGUCCAGACGGCGAUCUUGGAAAGUGGGAAGCUGUUGAAAGGGAGAUGCAGGAAUGGUAUGAGGCCAGACCGGUUUCAUUCAAGCCCAUAUUUCACAAAGCGGCGGAUAUCUCAAGUGACAGGCCGUUUUCAGUCAUUUGCUUCGCUGCGUCGGUGCCUGGUGGAUACUGCAUAACUGAUCCCUGUGUGCGAACCCAUACCAUACAGUAUCUGGAGAAGGUUGAUGAGGUGAUCAAAUGGAAGACAAAGGCACUCAUUGGAACUUUGAAGAGGGAGUGGAAUGGUCAAGACUAGUGGGUGUUUACUGUCUCAUUUGCAGGUGCAUUAUCUCACAGGAUCAGACAAGUCACGCACCAAGUCGGGAGAGAGGAUGGUUGUCAACCACAUCAGCUCAUAUUCUUUCCACUGGCCAUCCCUCCCCGGUUCACUGCAAAGUAUCGCGACUUCCCAUGCCUACGCUACGACCUGGUUACAUUCCACCCUUCAGCCCUUCAUAAGGAACUCACAACUGUUGCUUGUAUCCGUCCUUUACAUAGUUGUACAAGACAACGCCAUCCUCAAUCGCCGGAAGCUUGAGAUUGAGGUGAUCCAUGGCCAGAGCCUCUUCAGGCUUCCAACUCUUGGCGAUACGAGCCAUGGUGCUUUUCUUGAACUUGCUGGUAGCUGUAGGGUUUUCCUUCAGAAACUUCGCGACGUAAUAGAAAA